CACCACAUUGCCAGGGGCGGCAGGCAGCGGCCAGAGAGGCGGCAGUCACGCUGCGACCACCGCCACCACCACCACGAGACUCGCUGCCUCGUGCGUGCGUUAGUCGAGUUGCCGUGAGUCUGCUGCAUCGCACGUGUGACUCUGAAGAUGGCGGCGGGUGGCGGCGAUGCCAUGACGUGGCUGUUGCUCCUGCUGCUACCGACCUUAAUGAUGGCUGGUGACUUCUUGAACAUCAGGCCCGUGCAUGAAGAAGGAGCCCCUGGAGGGGAUGCAGCCACCAGGGAGUUCACAGCAGAGAGCGGCGCUGCGAGGCUGCUAGGCACGUCCGUCAGUGGAGUGUGGACGACGGUGCAGCCAAACACCGGCGCCUCGGACCGUCUCUCCAUGGCCAUCAAAAGGCGGCUGCUGGCGGAGGCGGAGGCCGUCACAAGACGGUACGCCUCUACCGCUGUUGGAGGGAUCGUGGCAGCAGGCCCGCCAAGGACGAAGAAAGCACUUGCCCAACGCGGGGGUUUGCGGUACUUGGGCAACGCCCUCGCUCGUCUCGACCUUUCCUUUUUCAACGCGAACACGAGCGUGGAUAUCGUGCAUGGCGUCGAGGAGCUGGCGUUCCUCGGGGUGCGCGGUGCCCAGAAGGUGCAUAUGACGCAGUGGCGCGGCCGCCUCAUCCUUGCAGUCAUAGAGUCAGCGAGUGUCUCUCUCCAUGUAGUCGAACCAGGCACACACAAGGUGCACUCGACGAUGGGGCCUCGAGGCAGACACGACUGCGAGUUCGCCCCGGUGGCCGGGGGUCCCUUACUGUUGGUGUGCAUCACCGCCGGGGAGCCCGAGCAGUUUGAGGAGGUGUUCGGGAACCAGACCAACACGAAGGGCAAAGUGACGGUGUACGAGAUCAAGGAUAACCCGAUGACAUCAGGUGGCAGAUACCUGAGCUUUCACGUUGUUGACGACAUCGGUGUGGAGGGACCACGCGACGUGGAAAUCUGGACACAAAGAAAUGAGACCUUUUGCGUGAUUGUGAGCGGCGAAGCGAUGGUGCACGUGGCGGGUCAGCAGGACCACUUCAACCUCCACACCAGCUCCACCGUCUACCGCUUGAGGGGCACGCACUUUGACAGAUACGAGUUGCUGCCUGGAACCAACCCCGUCGCCGCCCACCAUUUCGAGGUCAACGAAUUUCAUUACUUGGCGUUUGCAAACUACCAGGAUAACAAAGGACGCCACAAUUGUGACAGUUUGAUCUUCCGCUUCUGCGUGGACCGAGAACACUACAUACCCUUCCAGGCCGUGAAGACACGAGGGGCCAGACACAUGCACAGCUUCACCCUCGGCAGCAGGCCCCUCCACAACACCUUCCUGGCCAUCGCUAACUUUUGCGAAGACACACAAACAGGUACAUGCACCCACCACACCGCCUCCGAAAUCUACCUGUACCACCUCGGCAAGUUCGUGCUCUUCCAGGAGAUCAAGACCGCCUACGCAGUACAGUGGAUGGCUGUCCAGGUUAACGCCACGGCGCUGCUCGCCCUCGCCUCCACCGUGCAGGGGGUCACCUUCUAUCAGUACAACGGCUGGAAGUUCGUGCCGGCCCCGCACCAGCCCCAACACCACCCCUUCUCGGCGGGCGUCACCAGCUUGGUCACCGCCAACUGGGACGGCCGGUUAGUCCUUGGCGUGACGAACAGAGACGACGAGAAAGCCGCUGGGAAGCCCAGCCUCUACUCAGUCUCCUUCACCUCCAGUGACAAACUCAAGGAGGUGUAUCAGGAGGUGAAGGGCUGGUGUGAAGACCUGCGGCGGCGGGUGAACAGGACCGAGGUUAUGGAGCUAAUGCGGCUCGUCCCUACCUCCCUCACGACUACGGGGGCUCACACCUUCCCAAACCACAUCACCAUCAGGGGCAACCUUACGGUGUUCGCAUCCAGCACGGUCUCGAAGAUUUUCGUUCGAAGCAGCGGCCAAUGGAUCCCCAACAGCGGUGGUAGUGGUCGGCUUGAGGAUCGGGUUUCGGAGCUGGAGGAGGCGGCGAGGCAAGCACAUCAACGUCUCGGCACAGCCGUCCUCGCCACUGGACCUGCCACAUGGCCCGACCUCCACUUUGCCGACGUGCGGGUGGAGGGUGGCCAUGCAUCCUUGGUGGGGCAGGUGCAGGCGACGUGGAUCAACGGGCGACGCACUCCGGACCCCGAGGAGGUGGUGCCACUCCACGGUGCGAAUCAUUUCUCCUCUCUGACAUUCGCUCACGUCAACCUUCAGGCCCCAACCUCCGCUGACCGUCUCAACGGCCUGCCUGUCACAGCCUACGUGACCCUCAACGGCCGCCAUGAGCUUGGCGGAAACAUAACCUUUCAGGGGCCGCUGAUGGCUCGGAGUGUGGCGGUCACCAACACGCUAGACGGUGUGCUGGUGGGCCAUCGCUCCUCCCUCCUCACCACCCACUCCCAGACUCAUGCAGGAUCCCUGAAGUGUCGCAGCCUAGUAACGGACAUCCUCGACGUCUCCUCCGUCAACGGCGUCCCCCUGGCCGAGCUGCUGCCUCGCCUCGUCACACACAAUGCCAAUGUCACAAUAACCGGGCCACUGCGAGUGAUGGGUGACCUUGUGCACAGCGGAAGUGUGUGGGUCAAGGACUUAACCAACCUGGACCUCGUUAACCCACUGCUAACGAACGAACGUCAGCAGCAGGUGAUAACCGGUGAUCACCAGGUUGGUAUGCUGGCGACGCAGGCGAUGGCGGUAGAGGGGCGAGUCAACGGAGUGCGGGUUCCCGCCAAUGUGUUCCUCAACGGUAAGCAGUACUCGUACGACGUGCCCCGGGCCGCCUUCAGAAACUUGCGAGCCGAUUCACUCUCUGUGACCCGAUCACUCAACACCAUCACGAUCACUGAAGGCAGCCUGGAUAUUUUGCUGCUGACAGGGAACCAGAAGGUGACGGCUCCCAAGACCUUCUCAUCACUCCACAUGCUGCAACGAGACUCUUCUGGCUAUGGUCAUGUCGGCGUGCGGCGGCGGCGGUGGUCUAGUGGAAUCUGCGGCUCGCCCAAAACACGGGAGUCGAUGAACCCAAAAGAUCGCAGCGAAGCAUUGCUGAUAGCUCUGCGGGGCGUGGCAGCCGCCCAGGACCUCCGCGAUUUACUGGCAAAGGCACAGCCAGGACAAUUCAUUGUUCCGUGGAGAACCUGGCUUUUCUACACUCUCCUUAAAAUGGAUGUAAACUGUGCCUUCAUUCUCUUGGAAGACACUAACAUGCUCAUGUUUUUUGACAUCGUGACCAACGACUGGAGGAAUGAGGACAACGAGACUGUGAUGGUGCUUAGCCAUAAAGACUUGACAAAUAUGCUAACAGAAGUGGAAAACUACAUAACAGAAAUGACCAGUUGGCUUCAUAGCAUUCAGUUUAGAUGGACUGACCGUUUUUCGUUGGUCAGUAAGGCAGUGCGAAAAGUGAGUGAUAUCCGUACCAGUUUAAAUAUAGUGAAAAUUCUAACGGAGCUGAUUAUUACUGACUACACGAUGACGCCAGAAAGCUCCGACCACUGCCGCUGGCUCUGUGCCGCACCACAGAGCGAAAUGGCAGGGUUGGCAAACUGCACUCAAGCCGCGACACUCACGUUGCUGGCGGGGCAGAGAAUUUCCCGCUACCCGGUGUUGGGAUCCGGCCUGAUGCAGUUGUCCAAGGAGCAGCGUCAACUGUUGCUUGACGCGGCUGUACAGCACGACCUUGGAAGGCUCGUAGAGUUCCUGGGUGCGGAGGACGGACUGUUGGCCGUCCUGCGCGCCGCCCUCUAUUGCGGCCUGACUCCUCGUGGGCAAAACUAUGAUGGAGUAGUCUUAGAAAUGCUGGAAGAUUACGAGAGGACACUACUCUUCAGAGCCACGUAUAUGGACAAAGACGAUGACAUUUCAAGAGAUGAGAGUAUGCAACAUCCUGACGGAGGCCUGAACUCGAGCGACGACCAGGCGGGGCUGGCGGGGAGAGAGAAAAAUUCAUCUGACGGCACAAACUCUCUUAUUCCGCCGAGCCCCGCCACGCACAGCACCCUCAACGCCGCCUCUGGUGGGGUGGAACCUUCCACGCUGGAAAAUUCUGGGGAGCCUGCAUUUUUUGCAGAAGAAGCAAAUUUUAUUAUUGAAAAAUCAAUUGUUCAUGAAACUAAUAAUUUAUUUGAAGCUGGAGAAUUUCCAAUUGAUACUAAAUCGUCUAUUGAAGAUGAAGAAACUGAAAAGUCAUCCACAGCAACUUCAGGAUCACCUUCAGCACCUUUAACAUCUUCAGAAACUGAAGGAUCAUCUACUGUCCCCGGAGAAUCCUUCUUUAAUGUACCUGAGGGUUCAGCUGAAGAAGACUAUACUGCUACACAACAAUCAUACAGUGUUCUAACAGAAAAGUCACCCGUUGCGACUGAAGAAUCAUCUCUUACUCUAACUAAAGAAUUGGUAUAUAUUUCAAAUGAAAAAUCUCUGGCGACCAUUGAAGCAGAAACUGAUAAAUCUCCACCCGUGGCGGAGGAAACUGACGGAUCGGGGUACAUUGGAUCUGAGGAAUAUACUUUGGUUGCAGCUGAAGCUUCAUUAUUUGUCGAAAAUGAAAAGCCUCAAUAUAUUGCAGACGAGGAAUUAAAUUAUGGUGAAAAUGGAGAAACAUCAGAGUAUAGGAUUUUUUCAAAUGCCAACGAGAAGAGAUCUAGUAAAAAUAUAAUUACUCUUGCCAAAGAAAUAUCUUCACUUACGAUUUCACCAGAAGGAUCUUUCUCCGUUGCUAAAGAUGAAUCUUUCAUUCCUACUGAAAAAUCUUCCUCUAUUUCUACUAUAGACUCUCCUAGUGAAGAGUAUUCUGCGUUUCCUACUCAUAAAUUUAUACUCGAGGACUCAUUAACCUUCAUUCCAAAUAAGUACUCCAGCGUUGCAAUUGAUGAAUUACCUCUUGGAGACUCUCCUGCCGUUUCUACGGUCGAAUCUAAUAUUGGGCAACCUUUUGUCGCUACUAAAGAAGUUACCAUUGAAUAUGAUUAUUUCAGAACAGAAUCUUUCGAUUCUGCUACAGCAGGCUCGUCUGCUAUUGUUAUUUUAGAAUCCACUACUGGACAGUCUUCUGUUAAAAAUAAUCGGGUAUCUGCUGUUAACGAAAAAUCCUCUGGCAUUGCGUUGGAACAAUCAUCUGUUGAUGAAUAUCACAUCGGUGGAAAUUUAUAUGUUACCACUCACGUGUCAACGAACGCUGAUGGUAAACCAAGACUUCCUUCUACAACAAACUCUAUGGCAAAGAUGAUAUCGUUUGAAGAAGUACAAGAUGGAAAUCGUGACUCUCAGGCUAAAGCAAACUUUAUGGCAGUGGCGAGCAACGCACAGGCUCAGGUUACGAGGCUGUCGCAAGAGAACAGUCCGUAUGAGGAGGCGGAGGAAGGGGACGCGCUCCAAAAUAAACCCCAGUUAGUACCCUCGUUCUUUGAUUUUGUAGACAAUCUAAUUAGCCUUGAUUGGGUAUGGAGUAAAGAAAAGGUCGAGGAACCCAGACAUGCCUCUUGUUUGAACGAAGAGAACUGUACAAAGCUUAAAAGAGAGACUCCAGACGAGAACACUCGUCUACAUCAGGUUAGAAAGACAACGGCUGCCCUUGAGGCCUCUUUCUCGACACCUAAUGCAUGGGAUAGUCGGCCCUCCCUCACAGCUACGCCUCUCCUUACCCAAACACAGGCUGAUAGCCUUGCCCAGGUAAAUGAGAAUAUCUCCAUCUUGGGGGAAGAUGCAACUGUUGCAUUAUUACAGAUACAAGUAAAGAGGGAGAAUGAGAUGACUCCACCAGAGAUUGCGCCACUCCCCAACAACUGGAACAGGCUGAAGAGACACCUGACAAGGAAUAUUGAAAACCACGAGUUUUCUGCCCCUAACGGGUUACUAGUCACCCCGGAAAAUAAAUAUGCAAACAUUUUGCCAGUUACUAACUCUAAUGCACUGUACGAUACAGCCGUACCAACAGUGGCUAUGCCUUCAGCCAGACAGCACGACGACACAUCAGAGACAUAUUUGUCUUCCCAAGGAGGUACAUCGUCACCCACCCUGAAUUUAGACCAUUUUCAAAGCAGUGAUGUGACGGGAGAGCCUUGGACAACCCCAGAGGAAACCAAGAGUUUGAGGAGACGAGAAGCAAUAGUUGAGGCCUCGUCCCUUGCGACGGGUGUGGCAAGCGGUGUCACUACAGUCACGGUGGUACAGCAUCUUACCACCAAUAUUGACUGCACAAACUGUAUGUUUCAGUACCAGAUAUUUCAAACUCAACCUGUGCUACCUUCAACAGAGCGUGUAUCAUCACCUUGGAUGACAGCUUGUACCGUGACGCAGAAGACUCUGACCAUAGUGAUGUCAUCCUCUUUGACUAGCAUCGACUGUACCAACUGCGCCUUCCAAUACCAGAUUUAUACAACCCAGCCUGAGGUGCCAGGAACGGAGUGCACGUCAUACGUGUGUGUGUCAGGCUCAACGGUGACGAGGCAAAUGUCAACCACAAUGAUCUCCCCAUCACCGAGUAGUGUCUUAACCUGGUCCAAUGCCAUCGUGAGCAGUCCUUUCCAUCCACAAUACGAUGGCAGAACUUUUGGUGUAGGGCCUCGUGAGGAUCCAGAGACUUUCUCUCGUGGAAAACCAGAACUCCAAACACUAGCGAGUGAUUCUGAACAUACACAUGAAUCGUCCUCGUCCAAGACACCCACAUUACCUCGCCAGUCAGACCCUGAGUGCAGCCACAUACCCACUGACUACUAUGAAGAUUCUGUCCAGAAGGACUCCCUCGUGGCACGGCUCGAGGUUGUCCUCCUUUACUUAAAGGAAAUUCAAACUGUCGAGCCACUGGUACUUCAGGACCGAAUGCGGGUAAAACCUGAACAAAGUGAAAAAAACACUUUGGGAAGACUCAACAAAGUUGUGGAGGAUACCAUUCACAUCGUAAGACAGAUAAUAAAUAAUUUGUUCCACAGCUUGAAGACCAAUGAGCAAAAGUUGAUCAUUGAGUCUGAAAGAUUCCGUACAAACAUGAGAUUGCAUCUUGGAAUGUUGAAAAGUUUGCCAGACGAAUUCCAAGUCAAGAUGAAUGAGCUGAGGAAUCUUACUGUCUCUGGUGAGGAAAGUGUAGUUUCAGCGCUGCAGUGCUUAGGGGAAGAACGCAAGUACAAGACACUGGAGGAAGGACAAGAUAACGAAGAUGGCGAUGAAGAGACCAUAGGCGAUGUGGAUACUAAUCUGCCCACCGUUCCACCUGCAGGCAGGAAAGCCACGCACGCAUCUCAAAGCUUUGGAGAUGUGACCAUGACUUCUCCGAGAUGGUCCACAAGUCGAUACGAAGGGAGCACAAUCUCGGAGACCGGGCUUAAGAGAACUGAUCAAAUUAUAUCCCAGCCACUUACCAUUUCAAGUUCAUCGUCAGAUUAUUACGGCAGUACUACGACCACCACCCCUAGGACCCCCGCUCUCACAGGAACAGCCAUCCCCGAAGCCACUGCCAUCACCACUCCUGAAACCACUCUCAGCAUCAGCACCAGGAAAACUCUCACCCAAACCACCAAUAUCACGACCACCUGCAUCACCACCCCAAGAGCCCCUGCCACUCCAGACCUAAGCCCCAUUAUCCCUGGCGCAACGGAUGGGUACUGGCCAAGUGUUACUCAAGCAAGCGUCACUCCAUCCUUGAGGCCACGGGUUCGGACUGAUGGGCACUCAGCAGCCACAGAAAUGACUGUCACACAGGAUUAUAGUGCCACAGAAAUGACUGUCACACAGGACUAUGGUGCUACAGAAAUGACUGUCACACAGGACUAUGGUGCUACAGAAAUGACUGUCACACAGGACUAUGGUAGAGAGGCACUGACACGUGACAGAAAGCCCGGCAGCUCAUGGAAGGAGAUUAAUACGAUACCCCCAUCCACACGCAAGAAGUUUUUCCCCGGCAUGCGACAUCCUGCGACAAGCACCCAUGGACUGUGGGUGCUGGGACGCGUGGCUGGACACAGGCUGCAAGACUUGAUUCACCGUUCAUCUUCCCACCUCCCUACACGAGGGGGGGCUCCCGUCUUUAUUUUGAACAACAUGGGGCGGAUCAACAACGUCACCUUCAGCGCCGGGUUGUGGGUGCGACGGGUGCAGAACGUGGACAUGGGCCGCCUGCUGCGUCACGGAGUGCCUCAACACGCCGCGACCGUCCACACCAGCCUCGCCUUCUCCCGCCCUGUCCAGGUGGUCGGGCCGGUGAAGGCGUCUGCCAUCAAUGGGACGCCCGCCGCCGCCUUCGUCACCCUGGCCGGUCACCACGUGCUGCCACAGCCCUUCGUCUUCACGGGUUCCGUCACGGCGGCGGCUCACGUGCAGGUGCGGGGCGAGGUGAGCGGCGUUGACCUGGCUCUGCUGAGCCGGAGCGUGGCGGUGACGUCCCCAGUGGCAAGCCAGAAGCUGCUGCAGCCCGUCACCUUUGCCAGGGUGUCCGCGGCCAGCGUGGUUUUCGCACACGGCCGGGUGAGAGACGUGCCUCUGGAGGACUUGGUGCGACUGGACCGCCCCGCAGCCAUCACGGGAAGGAUGACUUUCAAGCAGCUUACGGUAAGGGUAGGAGAGACACGAAUCACCGACCUCAAGUCUCACUUCGUCAACGACGUCAACCUCACCGACCUCUUCUUUAAUUCCCUCACCAAGAACCCAGGUCGGCCGCUGGUCAUCAAGGGAGCAAUCUCAUUCAAUGCUUUAAAUGUCCUUGGGAACGUCACCACCUCGCAAGGCUUUACUCUCCCAGACACCAGCGGGACGCAAACACUACGUAUAGACAGGGUGGCAAGCCGGGUGGUGUACCGUGACCAGGAUGCAAACGUGACGGGCAACUUGCUUCUCAGGGGCAGCGCCGGCGUCAACAACCUCAUCUUCCGCGACAGCUUCGACUCUGUCCCAGCCGCCAUGUAUGACUCGGACUGGCUGCUGAAGAUGUCUUCCCAGAGUCUCACCGGUCUCGUCGCGUUGGCCAAGGUGAAGGCCCAGAGUGUCACGGUCUCUCCUGGGGCUAAACUUAAAGGCGUAGACAUAAAUCGCCUGUUCAAAGCGACUAUGAAAGUAAAUGAGGACAAGGUGGUGGCCACGCCUGUAAAGAUGAGCGGCGACGUGUGGGCAGAGAGUGUGCGGGUGGGCGGCACAGUGCAGGGCUGGAACCUCUCAACGGCAGCGAUACAUCAAAACUCUUCCGACGUCGUUUUCACAGCCCCAAAGAAGUUCGUGGGCGACUUCCACGUGAGCGGCUCACUCAGCGCCCCGGACCUCGGUUCGGCAGCGUGGUCCAGGUUGUGCAGAGGAAAUCAUAUGGAAAGGCUCCUCCUUGUCGGCGAAAUGCAGCUCACAAGACCAUCGUCCAGCGACGUUGUGCACCUCGGCCGCCACGUCCUUGAAAAAGACUCGAUAGACGGCUAUUGGCGAAUGAACCACAGCGCUGUCCUGCCCAGCCACAUUACGUUUCAAGAACUGAGAGCGACGCACGUGAAGGCGGACCUAGUGAACGGAGAGGACAUCAGCAAGCUGUCCCGUGACGUUCUGCGUCGGACGUGCAUGCAUGGCGAGCGGCAGGUGGUCAGCGGCAACUUUUCCGCGGCUUUCCUCGUGGUGCAGAGCCUCUUCACCCCCCGCAUCGCGACCACUCUGCUGAACGACCAUCCCGUGAGUGACAUGGAGAACAUUUUUACCCGUGAUGGUAAUCAGACUAUUCGAGGUAGGUGGACGCUCCCGCGGGUGCACACACCAGGAUCUGUGAUCACCUCUGGUGGCGUCAACGGCAUCCGCAUGACCGACAUGUGCGUGUUCGAUAAACCCUGCACCAUUACUGCCAAGAAAACCUUCGCCCGUGACCUGACCAUCAAGGGAGAUCUACACGUCCAGGCCGGGAGUACAGUGCAGGGCGUGGAUGUGUCGGAGGAGCUACGGAAUGUCCCCACCAGCACCACCUGCGGUCCAGUGCCCGGCCUCACCACCAUCACUGGAAACCUAACUGUCUCCCAUCUCGUGGUGCACGGGGUUGUGGACGAGGUUAAGGUCACUUCCAAGGACCUCCUCACCAGCUCCGGUGCACAGGUCAUGGUGGGGCAGCUGACCAUCAAAGCCAAGGAGGGGGUGGUGGUGGCGGCGGCGCCCUCCUUCCAAGCUCUCGACGGCCUCUUCAACGGCUGGAAUCUGAGUGAGCGCUGGCAACGCGGGUUCCAACGUGACCAAGACAUAAUAGUGCGGAAGCCAGUGAUCUUCCAGGACUUCGUCAACUUCCAGAACGUCGCUAGUCGGCCGUGGAGCUCUGAGAGGUUGAAAGGGCUGCCACACCUGAGGUUCCAUUACCUGGACAACCUCUCCCAGGACACUACACUGGCAGUCGGUGGGUCAGUGAGUGAGCUGUGGGGGUGGAGGAACAUACAGGCAUUCCCAGGCCAUGCAGCACGAUUGGUGCCCCUCGGUAUGGUGGGCGGACCCCUUAACACUGUGUCCUGCCCACGUUACUUGGUUGUUUUAUCUCGUACAGGACACGCAAGACUCCUAAUCUACGAUGAUGGUCAAAGGAAGUACAGGAACACAGGAGUGGUGCUGCGUGGGGGCUGCGUGAGGGCAGUGGCAGGGUACAGGGCGGACGGCGAGGACCAUGUGGUGACGGCACAUACUUGCACUGAUGACUCCUCAGACCCCUACGGCAAUCUGUAUGGGCCCGUGGCUGAUGGACUGGAGGCUGUACAGGUGUGGCGAGUGACAACAAGUGGCCCACAGCUGGUCCAAGGCAUCCCUAUUGGUGCCACGGACGUCAAGGUGGCGGAGGCUGGGGAGCGCGUGUGUCUUGUGGUGGCAGUCUCGAAGAGCAACGCGACACUGAUCUUCUGCUGGGACGCCAUGAGGGGGGCCUUCUCGGAGCCGAGACGGCUGGCCACCGGGUGCUCCGCCAAGGUGUCCGCUGUGCAGCAUCGGGACUCCCGUGGACGUGUGGUGAACCUGGUGGCCGUAGCGGGACAAGUCCACCACGACCCGCAUAACGACGCCCUCUCGCUAUGGCUGCACGACGCCGAGCAGGACGAGUUCCUCUUGGUGCAGAGGAAGGCCCUGCGAGGCGUGCUGUGGGUGGACAUGACUUCACAUGGCACCGACCUCUUCCUGGUGGCGGUGACCCGGGCGUUCAGCGGCGACAUGACGGGCAGGGUGAUUGUAUACCGGGUGGAGCUGAAGGUUGACGAUAUUUCUUCGUCCCCGUACUUCGGCGCCCCACGACCCGCUGCCUCCCCCGCCCCGGAGAAGCUGUACUCAACACGCCGCCACCUCCCAAACCAACUCGUCCACCUACAAACACUGAGGAUUAUAAUGCCACUUCAAGCCCACUUCGCCGCCGUCCCCUCCGGCCCUCUCUACCUAUUGGCGGUGGGGCAGCACGGCAACAUCACUCGAUUCACCCAAAAGGGGGUCCACAGAUUCGCAGAGGAAGGGUUGUACCAUGCGCCAGGCAGGCAGGAGGUGGACGUGUGGGUGUGUGUGGAGGAGGGCGGCAGAGUGUCCAUCAACCUAGCUCUGGCGGGGACCUGGUGCCGGGAGGAGACCUGUAACGAGAGGAGGCGGGAGGACGCGGAGAUCCUAGAGGCCAACUUUAGGCCGGGUCCUCCCGUCGUGGGUCCUCCCGUCAUCCAUUAAGGUCAAACUUGUGAUCAGCAAAUCUAACUCGAGUCUGGAAGUCCAGCCUGAAGUCAUUACCAAGUCCAACAUGAGUUUAUAACAGUCCAACAACAAGCAGGGCGCCGGGCUGGUCGGGGCCGCGGCAGCCUCCCCCCGGGCCGCCCACUCACGCCGCUUGGGCACUUUUUGCGUACAUUGCUAUCCUUUUCUCUCUCGCUCAGGUCUGGAAAAAGUCAGUUUAUUGCGUGCUCACGCUCUACAGACGAUGGCUGCUUCACAGACUAAUUUGCACUGUUCGGUAUAGUAGUCAGAGACAGACGCUAAUUGUUAGUAUCGCAUCUUUAUUUUAAAUCUUAAGGACAAAAUUAAUAUAGAAUAGAUUAUAUGUUCGUAUGUAACCCAAUGCAGAAGUUAUUUAAUUAAUUAUUAUGCCGUAUGAAUGAAAAUAUUAUAAAGCUAAUUGUAGAUAUGUUAAUUGUUGACGUAUUGUUAUCGUUUUAGAGCGACGCGUUUAUUAUUAUGAGGUAAAGUGUAGGUGUUAUUUAAAGCUACAAAAGGCAGGUGAGAUAAGCUGUUUUCACGUUUUUUCUAUCUAUUCCAAAUUAUUAAAGAUUUAACAGCA